AUUUGAAACAACUGGAUCAACUGGUAGUCUAGUAUUGGAACACACUAUUAUAUACGUCUUAUAGAGUUUUCCUAACACGAGCCAUAGCUAAAACAAACUGAUUAUGUGGGUCUUAUGUACAUGUAAUGAAUGUACAUAAAUAUCAUUUUCUGGCAGAUCAUUGUUUUCUCUUUAUGAAUAAAUACAGAAUAGACCAUUGAUUAGAAUUAAUAAGUUAAAAAAAAUUAAUAAGUAGAAAAUAUUAGAAUAAAGCAUUAUAAAAUUAAUAUGUAAAAGUACUAUAUUGGUGAUUUAUAUUUGUAUAUUUAUAUUUUAAUUAAUUUGAAUUAGAAUAUACAAUGUACUAUCAAUCAUAUGUUAUGUUAACACUGGAUUCAAUAGUUUUAAAUGAUCGGAAUACGCAUAGUUUAUCAAUCAAUUUGUUUGCUGUAACAAAAAUAAAUAAAUUAAAACUACCUUAUUCACAUACGUAUUAAAUCGAAAUUUCUUAUUUCCUUACUAAAUUGAAGCUUAGAAUGCAGAUAUUUAAACUAGUGACCAAUAACAAGAUAACACAUUUUUUUCAAUUCUAAACUAUGUUAACGUAAUCGAAACAUAGCCGCAAUUGCGCGUGCACACACAAACACAAAUGAAAUCUCACACCGUAACUAGCUUAAUAUAAUAUCAUGUACUCGGCAGCAUUACAACUCUGGCUAAACAUAUGAUCCAUAAAUAUGAUGAACACAAAUCGUUAUAUAAUUUCAUAACAUAUUAAUUUUUUUCUGUUAACAAUUUUUUUUUCACACAAUAUCACAACAUAGCAUAGCAUUUUUUUUUUAAUUGACGUCGGCAACAUAGGUUAGUAGCGCCAACAUACAAGAUUUUAGGGUAAUAACAACCACUAAAUGAUAUGGAGGUCGGCUCACUGCACAUGUAAUCUCAAAUCGAUGUUGUACGAUUUUGAUGGGUUACACUUACAUUCCACUGGCAAUAUAUUGAUGUUUUACCAUUUAGGAUUAUUUUUGAAAUUAAUUUAACUACUGACAAAAUAAGAAAUGUGGUGUAUAUUGAAAAAGAGGAGGCAAUUGGGGGAGCUUGAUGCGGUUAGGUAGACAUCGACCCUUUCGUGACCCUUCGAGCCACUUUCACUGCGUUCACAUUUAUUGAUUUUCUGUUUAAUUUUUGUAUAUAAGAAACAAUCAUAUUAAUGUGUACUAUGUAAUAGUCCAUCCAUUUCAGAAAAAAUGUCGUUUUGACAUUUUCAAAAAGAUUAAAAAAUGAAUUUGAAUUCACUUAUGUUUUUAUUAAUUACACAUAUUUAACCAGUAGUAUUUUGAGAAAAAUAAAAUUAUUUAUAAAAUCAAUAUAUUUUAAAAUUAAUAUUAAACUUAAAAUAAGUAUAAAUUACAUUGAAAUUGUAAAAUUACAUUAUUUGUUUAACAAGAAGAAAAUGUCAAAAUGACUUACUCGCCAGCAUGCCGUAGUAUAAUAUAUACGUGUAUUUAAAUUUGACUUACCGUCAAACAAAAUUAUCCUGGAGAUUAUGAGUUCAAUUAGCAAAUAUCAUAAUUUUAAACCCCAUGUUGUCUGGCUGAAAGAAGCACUUUUGAUUUCAUAAAACAUAUAUAACCCGUGUAACGAGACAAUUAUCAUUCCACUAUGUUUAUUAUAUCCCAAUUGGUGCUCAUACCACAUGAUAAUAUAAUGCACCACUUGACACCAAACACAUAGGGGGCUAUAUACUUUUCUCAUAUAUUUGCCAUAUUCAAAUUCAGUUUGUUUUUGUUUAAAAACGUGCCAUUAGAAAGUUGGACGUAUGUAGUAUUGAAUUUACGUCAAAAAUUUGAAUUUAACUCGGAGCUAAGCUCAAGUCGAAAUUAAGUUUGCAGGAAUAUAAAUUAGGGAUACAGUAAUUAUAUCAAAUAAAAACUGAAGAUAAAAUUUAUUAACUUAAAUUUUAAUAAUAUAUAAGGAAAAAAAAGUAACAUUUCGGGAUUUUAACAAGUUCAAUUUCCUUUUUGUAGUUUUUUUUUUUGCCAUCUAAUAUUAUUUAUUAACUAAAGUUUUUUGCAAAAUACAUAAAAACUCAUCACACAUGGCAUAAAACAAAAGCAUUUAAGCCCACAACAUAAACCAAAGCCACCAAAGGCCCACCUAGAGACUAAGAGAAUACAAACGGAAACACGUCUCCCCCACGUGUACAAUCGCAAGAGCAUAGACACGUGUUAUGCAGAGACUCCACCGCUUACUCCAACUUGGAGAUCGUCACCGGGAAACACAGCGACCACCGGAACCUGACCGGGAACAGUUUCACCACCACAGACUCCACCAGAUUGGAGCCAAACCACCUUCAUCAUCUGAUUUCUUUUCACCGGGGAGCAUCCAUCGAACCAAUUCGAGAUCUCCUCCAGAUUCUUCAAUCCACUUGAUUUACGUCUUUAGAGAGCAUCAUCGACCAAUCGAGAUCUCAUCUAAUUACAUCACACCACCAAACACACACAAAUCUAUUCAUUACCCUGAUCGGAAAAUUACGGGGGCUUAUGACACCAUGCAAACUGUAGGGAAGACGAGCAUCUCUGGUAUAACCCGGAGCUAUUCCGCCCUCAAACACCAGAAGCCAGCGGUCCAAACCCGAAAGGAAGGCAUGGGCCCCGGAGUCAAAAGCUGGUCGUCCACCAUAGAGAAGGUGCGACACCAGAACGUAAGUCGAUCAUCACGAAACUAUCCAAAAAAACCCGAUCUAUACUAAGAUUAUAUACUAAAGAAACGACCGAACCGACGCCGUGGCUGAGAGAGCCAACGUCGCCGGCUGGAAAAACGAGCCAACCCGAUCUACACCAAUUUCCUUUUUGUAGUUAUUUAAGAAUCCAUCAUAUAAUGGAAGAUCCAAAAUUCAUAAAGUUCAAUUUAGACAAACACUUUUCAAGAAGUAAACAAAGAUUUUUGUAUGCUAUUUUUUGACAUAAAAAUCAUCAUUUUUCGUAUACUAGUUAAUCUUUCCAAACCACCUUUUUAUACAACAGUAAAUAAAAUUACAACGGUGUUGGCUACUGAAACAAUUGUCACAUACAUAUUGCAGUAAAUGCGUAGUUAGUAUUCACCACAAACAGUCAAAAUGUUAGUGACAAAUUAAGAUAUAGAUGCUUUUCGGAGAAUCGGCUCGUCUGUUUUCCACUUGAUUUAGUUUAGAUGGGUAGAUGACAAAAAAAAAUUUAAGAUAUAGGUUAAAGUUUGUUAGUAGUUGAUAUGCAAUGGUGCAGUCACAAUAAAAAUUGUUUGGAACGUCCAAUUUUUUUUUCUGAGAAAGGGCCUUGGAAUGCCCAAAGUUCUCGGUUAAAUUUUACCGCCUUGAACGCACAUGGUUUAUAAACAUAACUAGAUGGUGGUCCGCACACUUGUGCGGACUAAUAUAUAUCCAACUAAUUCAAAUUUUAACAAAUUUUAAUUUCAAUCUAAAUUAUUUAAUUAGUUUCAAAUAUUAAAUUAAUUAGAGAUAUAAUUAUCUUUUUUAUUACAAGACAACAUAGAUAAUGGUUUGGUAUUUGUAAAAUCUUUUAUUUAUUCUAUUACUAAACCAUACAUGUAAAAAAUAUCAUCAUUAUAAUAACCUAAUAUAAAGUUUUAUUAUUACUUUAAAAAUAAUAUAAAAGAUAAAUCUACAAAUAAACCAUAAUUAUAAAUUUAUCAGUGAAGCCUAUGAAAUCAAACUCCUGUUCAUCAAAGUCUUAAUUGCAUUUUAUAUGAAUUUCUUCUUCAUCGGAGUUCAUAUUAAUACCUAUUAACAAAUUUACAAUAAUUAAAAACAUUCUUCUAUUUAAUAAAAGUAUAUAUAUCUAGCUAGUGAAAGGUGUAUUUUUUUAAUUUUUAACAGCGAGAGAUUGUAUUCUUUGGACUCAUAUUUUGAUUAAUAAGAUAAUUCGGUGGUAUAAAAGAGAAGCAAGCUUCAUUUUAAAAAUAAUAAAUAAAACAUUAAAAGAUUUAAUAUUAAAAAUUAACAUAAGAUGAACAAAACUAUAAAAUUAAUACUCAUUAAUAAUAUUUAUCCAUGAAUAUAUUGAAAAGAUUUAUUAAAUAAUCACUAAAUAUGUUCAAAACUAACAAUUCAAAAAGUUAUUUAUUAAAACUAAUGACUGAGCCUAAAUAAAAUCAUGGAAUAUGAAAAAUAAUGUUCUAAAAGUAAUAAAACAUUAAAAUAAUAAAAAUAGCUUAAACUUAUGGAUAACAUGACAAGUAAGCAAAACUUAAAUUACCACCUAAAAUUAUUUUAAAUAUGACAAAUAAAUAAAAUUACUACAUAAAAUUAUAAAGAACAUAAGAAAUAAUAAAUAACCUAAAUUAUGGAGGAUAUGAAAAAUAUGAAAAAAUAUAAUUAUUGAAAACAAAUAAACAAAUUAUCUAAAAUUAUAGAAAAUACGAUAAAUAAGUAAUAAGCAAUGAUAAAUAAACAAAAAUUAUCUAAAAUCAUGGAGAAGAGGAUAACUAAGCAAAAUCACAAAUUAUAGAAAAUAUGACAAAUAAGCAAUAAGUAAUAAUAAAUAAACAAAAAUUAUCUAAAGUCAUGGAGAAGAAAACAACUAAGCAAAAUCACUUCAUAAAUAAUAGUAUAAAUACAUCUAUAGUUUUGGUUAAAGGUUAAGCACUAGCUAGAUGCAUCACGAGAAAAAAUGAUAAUACUAUUUAAAUAUUUGAAAAAAAUAAUAAAACUUCUGCAUGAAAAUCAGGGCAGAUCUGAGAAAAUUUAGCUAUAUAACACAUCACAUUUCGCAAUGGCAAGGGUCAUAUUAACGCAUAUGGCCUCUCCUGGAUAUACCCUUUUCUGUCUGUUUUCUUCAUCUUUAAUUGCAGUUUAAAAUCUUGUUAUUGCGAAGACUGAAGACUGUGAAGUGGAAAUAUGCCACACUAAUUAUUAUCAUUUAUUUAAAAUAAUCAACUAAAGCACUAUCAAGUUGAAGUGUUUAACUUUAAGUAAAAGAAUUGGAAUUAACUCCUGAUGACUUUUAGAAGCAUAUCAUGAAGCGUAUCAUAAAGCACUGGUCCAAAGGAUUACAUAUUUUGGCUUAUUUGCUUAACCAUAAAGAUGCAAUUCUUAUAAUAAUCAUACAGUUUUGGAACAUAGUUGUUGGUAAUCGAACUAUUAUAAUUUUUCUCUUAAUAAUGGAUAACUGUGAGAUUCUUGUCAGCAAUUAAAAUAAACAUUUUAGCCUCAUUAUUUGAAUAGUAACUAUAUCUUAAGCUAUAGUAAAUCAAACAAAUUGCAAAAUUAUUCAUUAGGCAAUGAUUAGUACAAGGUGAUCAUUUUGGUUUAAUUACGGAUCCAGUUUGGUCUAUUUGAGUCUAAGAAAACUUUAACCAAAAUCAAUCCAAAUUAGUUUGGUUUGUAUUCGGCUUGGUUCAGUUUGAGUUCAAUUUAGUUUUAGUUCGGUUUAAUUUAGUUUUGUUUGUAUUUAAUUUGUUCAGUUCAAUUGAAUUGAUGUUUUAGUUUUGUUCAGUUAUCAAAAUAUAAUUGAUAAAACACAAACAAAUCAUCAUUUGACAUGAAAGCAUUAUUUUCUUCGUAUUUUAAUGCAAAUACAAACAUCUUAAUAAAAACCUAGAAGAAGAAGUCCAAUAGUUUUACGUUAUUAUCUUCAAACCUAUUAUAUUUAUAGGUAAUUUUUUGGUUUUGAUGUUAAUGUAUUAGAUUCAUAUUUAUUUAUUUUAUUUUUAGUUGUGUUUUUUUAUUCAUUUAGAAAUAAAAUGUAUAAAUAUAUUAAAUCUUAAUAUUAUUAGGAUACUCAUUUUAUCUAAUUAAAUAUACUUUAUUUUGUUGUUCGAUUCGGUUUAAACCGAACCAAACCAAACCAUUUGAGUUGAUAAAAUUUUGAGACAAAUGGUUUAGAUAUAUAUUUUGGUUUGGUUUGGAUCGGAUGAGUCAGUUUGGUUUGGUUUGGUUCGAUUCAGGUAUUUGUCCAUCCCUUCUCUAUCUAGUGAUUAGUGAUCACGAUAAUGAUUGGGUUUGGGGAAAGAUUAUCUAACUAAGGCUCAAUAUAAUAUAAUGCAAUACGAUUUGUUUCUAUAAGCCCAUUAAACCCAUGUUAGUGGUCACCACUUAAGUUUCAUUAAUAAAUCAGUCAGCAUUUUAGAUCGUUGACCGUGGAGUGGUUAGAUUAGACUAUUAUUAAAAGCCGAACGAGAUGUUGACGCGUGUCAUUCUGAUUAAGAAAGAGAUUUGUCUGUUGCCUGAUUUGUGCUACCCCCUAAUAAACAGCAAAACCCCGUUUCAAGUUGAAGAAGCCAACUUCUGAAACAAUGCAAAUGGGAGAUGAUAAUCCCAGGAUCAUGUUUGGUGUGAUCAUCACCGUUUACGUUGAUCGUCAAACGACGACCGUCCGAUCGUUUCGAGCGAGACCGAGAAAUGAAGGGAUGUGGAAGCGUGGGAUCGGAAGGACGAACGGAUAUGAUCGGAGAGCGAAUCUUUUAGCUCAUAUUCGUCAGCUGAGGUCUGAAAAUGAAGCCGGAGAUUCGAAAUGCGACGGCGUAGAGAGUGAAAACGUACCCGACCGGCCGAACGCGAAGAAGAAGAAACGAAGGUGGAUAAGAAAAAUGAUGAGUAAGUUCCGGUUACCGUUUCUCAGGCCAUUUCGACGGAAAAACAGGACGUUCAGAUACCGCCAGUUUGUUCCAGAUGAAGAAGAGGGAGAAGCAAAGAGCAGAGCUUACAGUUCAGAUCUUUGGAAAAAGCUUAAACAUGUGGUCGGAGGGUUAUCACGCGGCUGCAUACGAAGUAGAAAAGACUCAUGAAGACAAUUUCAAGAAACAGACUGCUGUCCGAAGUUAGCAGUGAGGAAUGAUUACAUCUUUUUUUCUUUCCACAUAGCCUUUUUACUGUUCUUCCAGAACUUGAGGACAAAUCAAUACAUAAAAACAUGAAAUCAAAAGAAACUGGAAAAAGGCAUAAGAGCCUUAUUAAGAGUACAACAAUGCAUAAACAAGAAUACAAUUACAGAAAAUACAUAUUUACAUGAAACUAAAUUUUAAAAAGGGA